AUGCCACCUGGCCUCAACUAUGGCCCAUUCGUCCAAGAAUUUCCAUUUGAUACCUGUCGAGCUAUUACCAGUAUCAUCAAUUCCGGUCUUCUACUCCGUACCCCCAAUGUACGGUUUCUCUUCUCACACAACGGAGGUGCCUUCCCGUACCUUGCCGACCGCAUUGGCUGCCAGCACAUGGACAAUGUCAUUGUCAAGGCAAACGACGGAAAGACGCUGAGGGAGCUGUUGAGCACAAAGAACGUCUAUUUUGACACCAGCAUCUCCAGCCCCAUGCAAUACCCGGUCAUCAAGGAUUUAGGCAUGCCAGUGGAGCAUCUUCUCUACGCGACCGAUUAUCCCUACACCAUGAGAUUCGAUGACACGACCUACUUAGAAGGAUAUAAUGCGCCUAAGAACUCGGGCCUGUUUAGUAAUGAUGAUAUGGAGAAGAUCCUGCGGCUGAAUUCGUUGAGCCUCUUCCCACGCCUUGCCAAGCUUUACGCAGCUCAUUUCUCCUAA